GAUUAGAAGCGGGACGUAAAAUAAGCCAGAACGAGGAAAUCUACCAUUAACGUAUCAUUUUGAAAGAAAAAUAGCUCAAUAUAGCCAAGUGAGGCUCGGAUUAAUAAGGGUCCACAUUUGAUUGUCCUCAGUUGUAGAUUGCUACAAUAGGCUGCUCAGUGGUCUCAAAUUACUCCCAUCUGUGAGAUGAAAGGCCUUGGACAACCUUUAGUCUGAGCAAGACGAUAGUGGUGCUGACAGAUCUAUGGCUCAGAUGUAACUUCAUAUGAGGAAUAAACUAAAGAGCAACAAUCAUGACCUCAGUGAAGUAGCAUUAAAGCAAAUCAAGGUGAUGACUGAUUACACAACGAUCCAGAAUUUCCAAGAACUAGUUUAGUAUUUAAAAAAAAAACUACAGUGUGCUUUACAUACAUGUAAAGCAUAGAUUCUUAAAGUGUGACAAUCAUAUUUCUGGCUUGCUACUUGCCUUGCUUACAAACAUUAGUUAUUUGCCAUCAUUAUUCUACAAUUUCUUAAACAACAACAGCACCCUCUGCAGCUUGAAUACGGUUUGUAUUUUUAACAGCCUAGCCUGUUUUACAAAUCAAUUCUAUUGGCAUUUUGCAUUUUAGUGCGGUUUGCAAAUUGCUAAACCCUAAGCUAAAAUUACUCAUAGAAACGGCUUCUAACCAAAAUUAACAUCAGCAUAUCAACGGUACUAACUCGAAAAUACACCAGCAUCUCUCAGACGGGCGGCGCUACGACCACUCAGCUGUACCGUAUUUAUACCCCCGCCCUUCGCGUUUAGAGGUGAAACUAAGCGAGCCCCCCUCUUCGGUUUGACGGCCCAGAUGACGCUCAGAGCCCAACCCGGAAACAGCGGCAGCAAAUAGGUUUUUUUCUUCUUUGAGCCUGUGCCGCUGGCUUCUAGCGUGGUGUCCAAACGAGAGCCGUGUUUCUCCACGAGCAUCAAGCUGUCAGACCAGCACGGAAGUCUGUUAUUUCCUCUCUACCCAGUCUCUGCAAAGGCCCCUGAAAGUGGAAGCGAAACGUCCAAGGCUGACCUCUGCUGGGGGACUGUGACCAGGGCCAGCUCGUGCCCAGGCCUGGCUGCUCCUCUCCGACAAACGCACACUGCUCGUAGCAGAACAUGGGGAACCUCCUGAAAGUUUUGACAUGCACAGAUCUGGCGCAGGAGCCCAAUUUCUUCCUGGACUUCGAGAAUGCCCAGCCCACAGAUGCGGAACGCGCGGUGUGGGACCAGGUGGAUGCAGUACUUAAAGAUGCCAGGGGGAUCCUAGAUGAGCUGCAAGCUUACAAGGGGGCAGGCCAGGAGAUCAGAGAGGCCAUACAGAAUCCAAAUGACGAGGCGUUACAGGAGCAGGCAUGGGCCGCUGUGGUGCCGCUGGUUGGGAAACUGAAAAAGUUCUAUGAGUUCUCGCAAAGAUUAGAGGCGGCGCUGCACAGCCUUCUGGGAGCUCUGACCAGUGAGACCUACAACGACCCCACUCAGCACUUGGAGAGAGAGCAGGCCCUGGCCAAGCAGUUCGCCGAAAUCCUCCACUUCACCCUGCGAUUCGAUGAACUCAAAAUGACAAAUCCUGCUAUUCAGAAUGACUUCAGCUACUACAGGAGAACGCUCAGUCGGAUGCGGAUCAACAAUGUACCGGCUGAAGUUGAGAACGAGGUCAACAACGAGCUGGCCAAUCGGAUAUCCCUCUUCUACGCUGAUGCCACGCCUAUGCUCAAGACCAUGAGUGACGGCACCACAAAGUUUGUGUCUGAAAACAAGAACCUGCCUAUUGAAAACACAACAGAUGUCUUAAGCACAAUGGCCAGUGUAUGUAAAGUCAUGUUGGAAACUCCGGAGUACCGGAGCCGAUUCACCAGUGAGGAGACUGUCUCCUUCUGUCUGCGGGUCAUGGUGGGUGUCAUUAUACUGUAUGACUACGUUCAUCCGGUCGGAGCAUUCGCCAAGUCGUCCAAAAUCGAUAUGAAAGGCUGUAUUAAAGUCCUCAGAGACCAGCCGCCCAACAGUGUGGAAGGCCUUCUCAACGCUCUCAGGUACACGACCAAGCAUCUAAACGACGAAUCCACCAACAAGACCAUCAAGAGCAUGCUGCAGUAGAAGUAAAAGUACUCGUAGUAGUAGUUAUAGUAGUUGCUGCCUGAUGUACUACUGCUAUCAGGGGAAAGCCACUGUCCUGACUGAUGUCGCUGCACAGAAUGUCUAUUUGCUUUUUUUAAUUUAAGUUUUGGUUCGGAGAAAAAAAUCGUACUCCGCCCAGUUUUUUAAUGCAAAAUGCUACUGCCGUUAUUCCAAAACGUCUUUUUUGAUGCCAAAAAGAUGUUGCUGAGAUGCUUUCCGUAUACAGGCCACGCCAAGAUGGCAGCUAACGUUAGCAUCGUGGACCCUCUGGUGUUUUUAAGUCUUUCCCUGUGUUAAGGGACGGGAGUGCUUUGACUUGAAAAAUUUAAAAGAAAGAGAUAUAUAGAGAAGUAUAUAUUAUUUUCGUUAUUUAAGAUUACAUCCUCUGCAUGAUGAUAAUUUAAAAAACUCUGUUGAAUUUGUCUGCUCAAUUGUGCAUUAAAUAUUUUGUUAUUGGAAUGGUACUUCGUCGACGUGAGAUUAAGAGUACUGUUUUUAUAUUUUUUAUAGUUUUUAAUUUUGUGCGUAUGACUUUUUCAUAGUUGUGUUGUAUUGUUUUGAACUUUUAAACUGUGAUAUGUGCAAAUCAAAAAUAUCAUUGGGAGUCAACAUACUGUCUGUGUACAAUAUGCUGAGGCUGGAUAAAUUAAAUGAGAACUCUUGUUUUCUA